CAACUGUCACAACAUUUCAUCGUCGAUUGUUGCAGAAUUCUCACGGUAGCAGAACAGAACAGGCUGCGCGGUAGAUUUUGCUUAAACUAGGAAAUGGCUAGCCGUGAAGCCGUGCGCCGAACGGUGCAGUCUGUGCGACCGAUCUUAUCCGUGGACCGCGAGGAGGCACGCAAACGCGUGCUUAACCUCUACAAGGCUUGGUAUCGUCAAAUCCCGUACAUCGUGAUGGACUACGAUAUCCCGAAAUCUGUCGAACAGUGCCGGGAGAAGCUGCGGGAAGAGUUUCUCAAACACAAGAGCGUUUCUGAUAUUCGUGUGAUCGACAUGCUCGUCAUCAAAGGGCAAAUGGAGCUAAAAGAGUCGGUCCAAAUCUGGAAGCAAAAGGGGCAUAUUAUGCGCUACUGGAAGGAAAGCCAAGAACCGAAACCGACAGACUUUCUUUCCAAGUUCCUGUCGGGCCAGUUUUAAUACAAUGGCGCAAACUGAAGUGUAGUUUCGGCAAGUGUUACAGAAAACCAAACGGUGUAAAUAAAAGGUAAAACCGAUCCAAUCUAUCACAAAAUGUACCCUUGGUAU